UAGGAAAUUGAAUUGAGACAUUUGAAUUCGAAUCAAUUGCUCCGAUAUUUAAUGGAUACAGAAUUUAGAGCAGAACUCACGAGAAGACGCGAAAACGUUGAAGAUGUUUUUGAUUUCGAGGGACAAAAAAUUGGUAGAGGAACUUACGGUCAUGUUUAUAAAGCUACUAAGAAAAAUCAUCCGAUGACGACAGAUGUUUACGCGCUGAAACAAAUCGAAGGGCAAGGUGUAACGAUGUCUGCCUGUAGAGAGAUAGAGCUUCUGCGAGAACUAGAACACCCAAAUGUUAUUACAAUUUUGCGCGUUUUCCUUUCGCAUGCGGAUCGGCGUGUUUGGCUUUUGUUCCAUUAUGCUGAGCAUGAUUUGUGGCAUAUUAUCAAGUACCACCGAACAGCAAAGGCGGCGAACAAACAUAAAAAUCCCUUUGGAGCUCAAAACCCUGCUGCGACUAUGCGACCGACAAUGGUUAAAAGUUUGUUGUAUCAAAUUUUGGCAGGUAUAUGUUACCUUCAUGAUAAUUGGAUUUUACACCGUGACCUGAAACCUGCAAACAUUUUGGUGAUGGGCACCGGAAACGAGAGAGGCAGGGUCAAAAUUGCAGACAUGGGAUUUGCGAGGUUAUUCCACAAUCCUUUGAAGCCUUUAGCUGAUUGUGAUCCAGUUGUUGUCACUUUUUGGUACAGAGCCCCAGAACUUCUAUUGGGGGCUAGGCAUUAUACUAAGGCUAUCGAUAUAUGGGCGAUAGGUUGCAUAUACGCUGAGCUCCUUAUCUCAGAACCUUUGUUCCAUUGUCGACAAGAAGAUAAUAAGUCAAAUAAUCCCUACCACAGAGAUCAAUUGGAAAGGAUUUUUUCUGUCAUGGGGUUUCCCAAUGAAAGAGACUGGGAAGAUAUCAGAAGAAUGCCUGAAAAUAAUAAACUUACUAAGGAGUUUCACAAAGCGAACUACGCGAACAGUUCACUGGCUAAAUAUAUGGAUAAACAUAGAGUAAGGCACGAUUCAAUAGAGUUUUUCCUGCUUCAUAAGUUGCUUACAAUGGACCCGACGAAGCGAGUCACAUGCAAAGAUGCAUUGGACGAUAUUUAUUUCCGAGAACAACCCUUGCCACACUCAGAUGUGUUUGAUGGGAUGGAUAUUCCUUAUCCGAAUCGAGUUGUGCUUACUGAGGAUGAGUCGGAUAACAAGUCAAAUUUAACUACUAAUGCUGCUUCCAAAGCACAACACCAUGCCUCGCAAAUGCAAAACAAUGGUGGCCAAAAUCAUGCAACAGUCACUGUUACCACGUCCAAUCACAAUCACCAGUUGACAGCCACGGUGGCAGCAGCUGCUAAGCGCAUGCGAAUGAUGGACGGAACGAGUGGAGAACAGGUUCUGUCUCAGCCGAGGCAGCAUGGCGCGCCGCCUCCAGUUUACCAGCAACCGCCACACCGAGAAACUCAGCAACAUCAACUCUACCGACAGCAGCAGCAGCAGCAACAACAACAACAACAGCAGCAGCAGCAUCAACUCACUUCUCAUCAUCACAUGCAGCAGCAAGGUGCGAGCGGUGUUUCUCAUUUGCAGCAAAAUCAUCAGCAGCAACAGCAGAGGUUGAGUCAAAUGCAGCAGCGGUAUUACACCGUAAAUCAAUGAUAUUGACUGAUGUAUUGAUCCGCGAAGCUCCACACGCUUUGUUAAAUGACCUGGGUAGUAAUGUCUUAGAUGAAGAAUAGAGUGCGAAUUGCUGAGGGGUAUAUAUAGACAUUGCCAACUCACAGUAUGAAGAGGAAGCGAAGGUACGAGCAUAAAGACGG